GUCUGCAGCUAAAGUCCGGUCGGUGUCCUUCACCAACAGCGGUAAUACUGACGAAGGAAGGAAGAAACGGUGAAAAUAACCACGAAGAAGUCGUAGUAGAAGAAGAAGAAGUAGUAGUAGUAGUAGAAGAAGAAGUAGUAGUAGUAGUAGUAGUAGUAGUAGAAGAAGUAGUAGUAGAAGAAGAAGUAGUAGUAGAAGAAGAGGAGAGGAAGAAGAAGAAGAAGAAGUUUCUCCACAAAGUGCACAGAGCCCUGAUGCAGGUCACUCCUCCGAUCCUCUCAGUCACCCCGAAUCGGGCUCUGGUUGAUGAGAAGUUCAAAGUGCUGGUGGAGAAUCUUCCUCCGGGAUGUCCGGUAACCGUCCGAUCCCUCCACCGCUCCGAGGACGAGGAUGACUGGGAGGCCUACGGGCACUACGUCAGCGACCACAGAGGCAUCGUGUCAGUAUCAGAGGAUUUGAGUUUUGGAGGCACGUACACGGGAAAAGAGCCCAUGGCUUUACUGUGGAGCAUGCGGCCCGUCCCGGGCAGCCGCCCUGGCCUCAGGUUAAGGAAGCAGAAUGUGUGCACCCCCAUGGUGGUCAACAUCUCGGUCCACAGUGGACACGAGGGCUUCAGGGACCGGGCCCCUCUGGCCUCAGCAGUCACAGAGAGAUGGUACAUGGCUCCUGGUGUCCAGAGGAUCGAUAUUAAUGAGCAAGGAGUGCGAGGGACUCUGUUUAUACCUCCAGGUCCGGGACCCUUCCCUGGGCUGCUGGACCUGUGGGGAGGUGGUGGAGGCCUGGUGGAGUAUCGCGCCGCCUUGCUGGCGUCUCAUGGUUAUGUUUCUCUGGCGCUGAAUUAUCUCUUGCUUAACCAGGAGUCGGCAAAUGUGUUCACAUACUUUGAGACAGCGUUUAAUAUUAUUAAGGACCAUCCUCAAGUGAUACCAGACAGAGUUGGAAUUUUGGGCCUUUCCCUCGGCUCACUCGUGGCUCUCAGCUUGGUGGCCUACAGCACCGUUAUCAAGCCUCGUUGUGUUGUUUGCAUCAGCUGCAACCACUUUUAUCCACCUGGGAGCACAUUCAUGUCCCAAUUUGCAGACCUAAGCAGCCAAUUUUCAAAGGUACGUGUGGAUGAGGACGACAAUCUGAUAUGGAAAUAUGCCGCUCUGGAAUUUAUCGCUGACCCCUCAAAAACUGUAGAAGUAGGAAGAAUUAACUGCCCGAUGUUGCUGGUUAACGGCUGUGACGAUCAGAGCUGGCCUUCGGUUGAGACGGCGGAGGAAAUAGCCAGAAUGAUGCGUGAAGUUGGAAAAGAACACCUGCUGAGCAGAUUAGCAUACCCAGGCAGUGGACACCUGAUUGAACCGCCGUUCUUGCCUCAUUUUAGAGCUACGAACUUCAUCAUCAGAAACAUUAAACAGAAAGUGAAAUAUCUGUGGGGAGGACAAACCAAACCUCACUCGGACGCUCAGGAGGACUCCUGGAGGAAGAUCUUGAGUUUUCUGCAGCUUCACCUGUGCUGCGCCCCGAGUCUCAAAGCAAAGCUGUGAAAGGUCACAUGAUGCUGUUCAAAAUAUUCCCAUAAUGUGCCUUUUUAAAAAAAAUUUUUUUAAUGAAAUGAUGGAACUUCAAUACUUGAUUUGUAGUUUUAAAAUAAUACUUUUAUCUCCCGUCUGAGUUCCUGAGGGGCUCUGGAUGUUUUAAGACACGUUUAGGCAACAUCACAUGGAGAUCUGGGGCGGGGCCACUGGAUUGGCAGACUCAGGUGGUGGUCCCCAUCUUCAACAAGGGGGGCCGGAGGGUGUGUUCCAACUAUUGGGACCCUCAUUAUACAAGGGAGGCAGGAGAAAACCGAAUAUACACACACACACACACACACACAGCUCAAUGGCUGCAACACUUAGAGACAGAAUGAAGAGUUGAGUCAUUUGAGAGGAGCUCAGAGCAGAGCUGCUGUUCCUCCACAGUUGUGGUGUUCAGGCAUCAUCAGCCCUUACAGAAUACUGAUAAAUGUUUUAACACCAGUGUAAUUAUGUUUAUUUUAAUGUGAUUAGUUUCAAUAGCUCAGAGCUUUAUAAAUAAUUUGUUCUUAGUGAGUGUAUGUUUAUGUAAGCAGUUAAAAAAGCAGGGGCCGAACAACUGAAGAGAAACACAUCACAAAAGUGCUGAAAUAUUAAAAUUGUGUUGAAAAA